UUGUGGAGUGCGGCUAGUGCGGUGGAUGUAGCGAGUUUUGCGUGUGCUGUGCGGAAAAGCGGCGGCAAAGUUCAACGAAAUGGGCACGGAACGGCUGUUGACAGUCGUGUUGGUGUUUACGUGCAUCGCGAUCGAAAUAUCGGCCGAUUCGUAUGUGACAGAGCCUUCGCUGGGCGUCUCGUUUGAAUUCAAGCUACAUGUGGACGCCGGUAAAGAGGAGUGUUUUUAUCAGAACGUUGAGGCCGGAUCGUCGGUCUACGUGGCCUACCAGGUUUUAAGAGGUGGUGAUGGUCAAGCCGGAUUCGCAGUAAGGCAUCCCAAUGGCAAUCAUGUCCUACCAUACCAAUGGAGGCCUUCUGCUGAAUACGAAGAAUCAACUUCAACUGGAGGAUUCUACGAGCUGUGCAUAGACAACUCCAUGUCCCACUUUGCGGCCAAGCUUAUCAGCCUCUAUUUCAAUUCAUUCAAGAGGGACAAGUGGGAAUCAUACGUGCAGGAACUCGAGUCACUCGGAGUCACAGUGUCCAACUUCACUGAAACACUGCAGAAAGUAGACGGCCAGGUGGGCGAGAUGCUGAAGUACCAGGACCAGAACAGGAGGCACCUCUCACGAGACUGGUACAUCGUGGACGGCAACAACCGCUACGUCCAGUACUGGUCUCUUGCCCAGUGCAUCGUUAUUGUGGCCACUUCGGCGCUACAGGUGUACUUCGUGCGCAAGCUCUUCCAGGUGAAGAAUGUCACGCCAACGCUCAAGCCGCGGGCGUGAGCCCGCCCACUGUUGAUCCUCCGAUGCAUUACGCACAGUUUGUGACAUGAUGUGACCCCCACCUCUCAUUGGGGUCAAAGGGUAGUUCCACGUGGUUCUUUCCGUUGCUGGCAUUGUACAGAGGAGGAAGCUUUCUUUCUUUCUUUUUGCUCAAAGAGGGUUACUCAUCUACCUUUGCUACGUUACUGCUGUGUGCAUCUCGAAACAAGCAAAGGGACUUCUGGAGGUGGUUUAGGGUGGAGAGCUUCAUCUUCCCACUUCUUCCUGUCGUUUAUAUAUAAAACAUCGCACAGCCUCCCACUCAACUAAGCCAAAAAAUAGUGAAUUGUGUACCCAUGUGUAUGCAGACUUUGGCUUGUCCUGUCUCUGCUGUUUUUUUAGUCCCGUCCCGUGUUGACCAACCUGCAUAGCUGCAAAUUUAUGCCAAGUUCCCUAGAGCAAGCAACAUCGGUGAAAAAUCGACGGAUCACGUCUUGCUUCGGCAGGUAUCAGUUUCUUCCUUUCACACGUGUACAAUGAGGAACGCCGAUCUACCCUCUACCCUGCACUUGUGCAUGUUGCUCUGUUUGAACCAGUGGUCCUGCCAUUUUGACAUCUAAAACAAGGGAACUACCCUGAUUUUCGAUUGAGUGCUGCUUUGCAGUGACAUGCACCGUAGGAUGAAAGACUCCACCAGUCAAGUGCCUUUGAGUGGGCACUGAAAGUGGCUUAAAACAAAUUUAUAGCCAUGAAAUUUCUGAAAAUCAUUAGUAAUAUGCAGAGACACUAUCAUGGACCCUUGGCAAUAGAGACAUGGCAGCAUGUAGUUUAAUGGAGUGGUAGGUGUUGUGGUUUUAGCACAUAGGUGCAGAUAAAGAGGCCAGUGAGGCCAGGCCUGGAACUUUGCUUUUAGAGCACAUAUUGGCCAGUGUACACAACAUGAAAUUUCAGCAACAUUGAUUUAAAAACAAUAAAUUAUGGACGAUUGCGCAUUCUCAUGAGCUAUAUAAUGCUAGUUUCUAUAUAAAUAUGGUGAAUAGUUCUUAAUAUCUCGUGAGGUGACUUCAGUUGGCUUGGUUGCCUGGUUUGUUGCAGGUCUAUACUUCAUAAGUGAUUAUGGUGUAGGUUUACUCUUCAAAAGAGCAAGAAAGCAUGCAAGAAAGCGUGCAAGAAAGCUUCUAGAAUACUUUUUACUAAAGAAAGUGUAAAGCUUUUUGACGUGUCGUUCUAAAUGUUCAAUGUCACCCACGCAUGUUAUUGGAGCUGCGUUUGUUUCAUAUCUGUGAAAAAAAUUGAUUAGAAAUUGAAAACAACACGAGUUUCAUGUUCAAAUUGAAACAACAACACUGCUGAAGUUUCUGAGUGAAAAUCUGGGUUAAACAGUGGCAACUCUGCAGUGACCUGUUCACAUCAGUCUUAUCCCCGAGAUGCAUUGGUCUUCUAGAAUAACGCACUUACGGGACACUGGACUGUCUUCAAAGUUCAUUUACUGGGAGAACUGACAUGCUGCAGCAAACGCAACAUGCUGCACUACAAUACCUAUUCUGUGAUGAAAAGUUACAAAAAAUUGUAAACAUAAUGCUUCAAUUCUUGAUAGUCUCCGAUAUUUGGGUACUUGAAGUUCGAGGUCAUAGUUUUAUGCACUAUAAUUGCUAGAAUUUUCAUUUUCAUAUGCGAGAAAUUUCACUGAAUUCAACGUGGCCUUUAAAUCAAGAUGGCACUCACUAUAUUUUAUGUGGGAUACAUAGCGUGUGAGUAGGCAAAUUGACAACAAGCCCAAGGUAUAGUAUGGUCUCACAGAGAAACGCCUUAAAGGGAGCAUGUUCAUUGUCAUACAGUUACACGUCAAGUGAAACACGUCUCAGGAAAUUUAUGGAAUAAUUGAAACCCAAAGGCUUACUCGAUCAGUGCCAAUGGUGUGCAUUUUUAAGAGGGGGGGGUCUUUUAUAUCUUUGAGCAAGAUGGACAUUUGCCAGACUUUUACAAUUUUACUUUUUUUGAAAUAGCCUACUGAAGCUCGAAGAAAAAGUUUUUUAUAUAAAAUUUUUGGGGGCAUGCCAGCAUUCAUGUGAAAGUGCUUCUAUUGAAAACAAGUUGUGAUAUGAUGGAUGUUUCCAACUGUUUGACAUGCCAAGUACUUUGCUUCCAACAAAUUUUUGUCCAACAUGCAUUUUUACAUUCCUCCUCUUACCCAGUAUCCCCAGUUUUUCUUUUUACUUUUUAAGGUGAUGGAUACCUCACAGAUGUUGCGAUGUGUGCUUUGCUUAGAUUUUGUACCAAUGGUGAUAGCUUCAGAGAUUGUGCUGUUCUCGCUAGCAUAGGCACCUAACCUCGUCAAGUACGUUUAACGUCAAGUACGCUUAGAACGUAAGUAUGUUUAGCAAUUGUGACGUCCUAAUAUUGUGACAUCAAGUACAUUUAGCGACUAUGACAUGCUAACUGUGGCAUUUAAUGCCCAGCCUUCUCGUUGCAAGUGAUUUCGCCAAAGAAAGUGAAAAUACAAAGUUUUAAUUACUAAGCUAGAUUCUGUGAUUAGAAGGAAGACCUGUUAUGGGCUUUUGCCGCUCGUCUUAUCGUAGGUUCAGCACACUUAAAUUGAUGCAAGUUACGAAGAUUUCAAAGGUCUGUUUAUAGUUGUCCAAGAGUGCACUAUCUACUGUUGUGGACAAACAAUGCCUGAACAAGAAUACUUGAAAUUGGAAAAUAACAUUAUAAGCAGCGGAACAGUUGGAGUUCUAUGAGAAGCUGUUCAUACGAUAGAUCAUUAUUUGUAAUGAGGAGGGCUACUGCUAUUGUACAAAGGCGAGGAAGAAAGUUUAAAGACUGAUCGUCCAAUUUCUCUGUUCGCAUUUUCUUCGUCCACGAUUGCACAAGCUGGCGAAAGCCCAAUGGCACAACAUUCGUGUUUUGCAAGCUGCGUUUGAAUCUCAAAUGCACUGGUGCAAGCGUAUCAUUGUUGCUCAUGUUAUUGUUACCUCCUUACUUCAUUCCUUGAGGAUUUUUGACAAUAUGUGGGAGUUCUUAGUCAGGUGAACAAUUUUACAAUAUUAUAUAUAUCUGUCUAUAUAUAUAUGUUCCUGUUGAGUGUGUGCGUGUGUAUGCUUUCAAGCUGACUGUGGUAAUGAAACAGGGCCAAUUCUGAGAGACUACACCGACGAUGUAGUGUGCAAUGCUUUUGCGCCACAGAUAUCAUCACUGUUAUGUUGUGCAACGUAGAUGCUGUGUGACACUGCCUGUCCACAAAUUUUAUUUUCUAACAAUUGAAAGAAGAAAUGUUCAUAUUGGACGCGAUUCUUUUGAGGUUGUACAUCCCAGCGGCGUUGAAUUUUUUAAUGCAACUCAUUCCAAGGAGCUUGUACGUGUUCAUAUGACAGAGUUGCGUAAAUAAGCGCAAUAAACUGCAAGUGCUAACAUGUUGAAAAAAAUGUGAGACAUGUUCGAGAUAUGAGUGCACAAUAAAUGUGAUUUUUUUUUUCGUGCUUUCUUACUCUCUUGUAUAGAUUUGUUGUUUUAGUAUUAUUGUAGGCUCGUAGUUCAUCCUGAUCGCAGGAAAUUACGACAGCUAUAAUCGAACAAUUUUGUUUCAAAAGCCCCCAACAGCCUUAAGUUUGUUCGACUUUUACACUUGAAUAAAUAGCUUUGUUUUAUAA